AUGGAUUGUGAUGCCGAAUUUAAUGCAUUGGUUUCCAUGUAUCAAAGUAUUGUGCAUGAUAUGAAGAUGACAUAUCCGGCAUGGGAAAAUGUCGCUCAGAAAGCUCUUAAACUUGCAUCACAAAUGAAAUCGACGUUGCUUUGUAUGAAUGCUUUCAUUGAUGCUAUACAAGCUGUUGGUGAUGUUGCCAAUAAUUUAAAAGGUGCUACUCGAGAUAUUGGUGCAUGCCUUACACGUGUUUGCAUGCGACAGCGAUCUAUCGAAAAUCGUCUGCGUGGUUUUGUGGACUCGCUAACCGAUGAACUGGCCAUGAGCUUGCAGAACAAGGGUACUCACUGGAAACAACGAACCAUGGAAAUGGAUCGACAUGCGAACAAGUUUUGUCGAAAGAUCCGUUCGCGUAAAGGUGGUAUAGAUUUAAGCGCCGUGAAUGAGCAACGUCGUAUCUCUCAAAUCUUGUUAACUGAACAGCGCAAUCAAAUGUCAUUUUUUGUUACAGCUUUGCUUCCUGUCCUCAACAGUCAGUUGGGUCUUUUAGAGGAAAGCAGUCACCUUCGGCAGGUAGCAGAUCAUUUGCAUGUCACGAUUCGAUCUGGCAAGGCCACUACGGUCAUUGAUACUAUUUUAAAUGAUAUACAUCAAGGAUCAGAUAAUUCGUGGCGUAGCUGUUUAUCUAACAAUGCUAGUCGAUCUUUUUACGUAUAUAAUGGCGAUGAUGUCUCAGUUAAAGCACCAUCACCAACACCCAGCACAUGUACAUGGCCAACUGUGGUUGGUUUUGCAUCUAAUGCGAGUUCAUCAUCAAUACGGGCCCAUACAAUAUCAGUAGUAGAACAGCCACGACGUACAGUGCUUAAUUCUCAAACCUAUGCGCCUCCAUCUUCAUCACAGCCAUUUGAUUUUGCAUUGAAAAAACCACCUUUACCCAAAAGAAUCGUUUCUACUUCCAAUUCCAUCGUUUCUACUGUUCCAGAUUUUCAUGGAUCGUCUGCUGGAGUCGAUAAGGCCUCUCAUCAUAAAGGAAUCCUGCUGUCAUCUUCAUCGGCUGAUGUGUCAGAAGAGUCACGUUUAAGGCGACCAGCAAGGCCAUUAAGUUUUGCGUAUGAAGAUAUAACAGCACAUCCAAACGGGGCACCCACUGUAGCUCGUAAUGGCCAUAUGAGUAAUGGCUCUUGUACAGGAAACGAUGGUUAA